AUGCUCUCCACUCUGGUGCGGUGUCCGCCAGUAAAUCGAAGCUUACCACCAAUUCCCGACGAGGAGAUUACACCGCCGACAACUAUUCGUCGACGGGUACCUCGAAUGGGUACCUGCGUAGCUCUGCGCCCACCUACUUCCUCUACAGCGUCAAGUUCAAUUUCGCCUCGUCAGUCGCGAAUCAGCGUCCCUGAAGUGGAAUCAGAAAGCCGUAAUUCCUGUGAAAUUGCAGUCAAAAAUAUUCGAAACAUUGAAGAUGAUGAAUACGAAUUUCGGGCAAGUUCGGCUCCUUCUGAGCACUCCUAUGCGGAAUAUCUCACAACACCUCUACGACCUUUGACCCAAAGGCGAAGUCCAUCGCCAGAAAAUUCUCGUGUACAAGUCUCUCGACUUCAGAAAGAGUCCAGACCCACCCGCCAUGCGAGACGGUCGCGUUCUUCCAAUAUGAUGACUGCAACAAUAUCUGCUACUCAUGAUAUUAUAAAUGGGAUGUAUCGAUUGAAGUUGAAGCGUUCCAGUGAGUCCUCCUUCACGAACGAAUUUUUGGGGAACAAGAGUCUUAUAAGAAAGUACCGUCAACGUCAUUGUGGCAAGAAAAGGCUUAUGUCGAAGGACGAUCAGAACCAUAUCUAUGCCGAUCCGGAGUACGACACUGUUGAAACAAGUGGGGAUGAGGGGGCUAAGAAAGAGAACCAGGCGUUGGCUUUAAAACCGGCUGAUGUAAAACCCUCCUCACCAGUUCUCACCGGUCAUCAUACCACUCGAAGUACUCAAAGGAGGGACUUAAGACACCAUCAGCAGUCGAGUUAUGAUUCUCCUUGCAGGCUCGUCACUAUGCUUGUCAUUUAA